AACCGCCACCCUGUUAUGGGCUUGCGCAACCGCCUCGACGGCAAUAAUAUGCCAGGACAACGCGAUAUCCCCCUUGAACCCGGGGAGCAGCCCGAGCAACCACUGGAGGCCCCAGGGGCAGCUGCCCCCGGUGCUGGGCCUGGCGCAGCCGAAGAGAUGGAGACCGAACCGCCUCCCAGCGAGCCCAUCCCCAUCGAGGGUGAAGGAGAGGCCUGUGGACCCCCAGAUGUCUCCAGGCCCAAUGUGGAAGGCCUCGACCAGGUCGUCCAAGAAGCUGGAGUCCAUGGAGGGUACAGCCCACCUCCUGAGGAAUCCAUGCCCUUCGAGGUCAAGCAGUCCAGUUUGGGGGGCUUCUGGCCUACGCCGGGGCAGCCUGGAGACAUCACUGGGGCCCAGGCAGGCCUCCAGGCUUUCAGGCCUGCGCUCAUGGAGCCCAGAGCCUCCAGUAAUCCCAUACCAGGCCUGGGGAGAAGCUACAGCCCACCACCAGAAGAAGCUAUGCCCUUCGAAUUUGAGCAGCAGCCUGCCCAGGGAGGCUGCAGUCAGCCUCCCAUGCAGGUCUCAGACCUUGCACCAGGAGGUCCAGGUGCGGGGGUCUUCAGUGCGCCUCCCGAGGAGCCCCGAAGCCUUGGAUCUGACAGCCCUGGCAUCGGAGGAGGCAGAAGCCCUCCCCCUGAAGAGACUAUGCCAUUUGAGUCUGAUGGAGCAGCCUUUGGGGAUGACAGCCCACCCCCUGGGCUCCCCCGAGCUAUCCCAGAAAGCGGUGGCGGCGGCCAGCUUGCGGCAAUCUCGGUCUCGGGUACGGUCCUCCUCGCUCCCGCCGCGAACGAGCCCCCCCUCUGGGUCUCCAGCAUCAUCAGCAGUCCAUCCCGAGAGGCUGUCAUCCCUCCUCCACAAUUCGCGGGCGGCAGCCCCCCGUUGGAGAUCUCCAGACCCUCGUUCAAGAUUGACAGCGCCCCCACUGGGGUCGACGACACUCCCGUCAACAUGGACAGCCCCCCAAUCGCAGAAGACGACCCGCCCAUCGAGAUCACCGGAGCCCCAGAUAAGAGGGAGCUGCGAGCAGACAGAGAGAGACCCCCAGUUGAGGGAGAAGCAGCCGAGAUGGAAGGAGCCUCAGCCGCAGCUGCGGCUGAAGGAGCCCAAGUCCCCGCACCGGGGGACCGAGCUGCUGCCGCCGGGGCUGCUCUUGCCGCCCCAGCCGCUCCAGACACCGGGGCAGCCGCUGCCGCCCCAGCCGAUCCUGACACCCGGGCAGCCGCUGCCGCCCCAGCCGAUCCUGACACCGGGGCUGCUGCUGCCGCCCCAGCCGAUCCUGACACCGGGGCAGCCGCUGCUGCCCCAGCUGCUCCCAACACUGGAGCAGCCCCAGCCGAUCCUGAGCCCGAGCCUGGGGCAGCCGCUGCUGCCCCAGCCGCUCCCAACACCGGGGCAGCCCCCAAAGCCCCUGCAGCUCCUGCCGCAAGGGCGGCUACUGCCGCCCCAGCCGGCCCAAGCUCCGGGGCAAUCCCCAAAGCUCCUGCCGCCCGGGCAGCUCCUGCCGCCCCAGCCUCUGGAGCCCGACCUAAGAUCCGUUUCCUUAGGCCCCCCAGCCCCGAGAUCCAGGUUGCCGAUCCGCCUACUCCGCAGCCUACUCGCGCGUACGCCUGGCGGGACAGGGCUGAGCGCGGCCGCGACGACGACGAAGGGUCGGUCAGCAGCGACAGCAGCGGAAGCGAGUCCGACGAUGGGACCUUCGGGUGCCACCGCUGGCUGUUCCGUCGCAACCGCCGCCGCCCCCGAAGACCCCGCCGCAACUUGCUCCGCAACUUCCUCAUCCAGGCCUUCGGAGGCUGUCUUGGAAUUCGAGCUGAGAGCCCCCAGCCCAAAGGCUCGCCCAAGAGCAAGAAGGUUUCCCUGGCGGAGAAGCGCAGACAGAUGCGCCAGGAGUCCAUGGAAAUGCGAGCUCAGAAGCGCGCAGAGAAGAAACAUAGCAAACACAUCGACAAGCAACUCCAGGACGAAAAGAUGGGUUACAUGUGUACGCACCGCCUGCUGCUUCUAGGUGCCGGAGAAUCUGGUAAAAGCACCAUUGUGAAGCAAAUGAGGAUCCUGCAUGUUAAUGGGUUUAAUGGAGAGGGCGGCGAAGAGGACCCGCAGGCUGCAAGGAGCAACAGCGAUGGUAGUGAGAAGGCAACCAAAGUGCAGGACAUCAAAAACAACCUGAAAGAGGCCAUUGAAACCAUCGUGGCCGCCAUGAGCAACCUGGUGCCCCCUGUGGAACUGGCCAACCCUGAGAACCAGUUCAGAGUGGACUACAUUCUGAGCGUGAUGAACGUGCCUGACUUUGAUUUCCCUCCCGAAUUCUACGAGCAUGCCAAGGCUCUGUGGGAGGAUGAAGGAGUGCGUGCCUGCUAUGAGCGCUCCAACGAGUACCAGCUGAUUGACUGCGCUCAGUACUUCCUGGACAAGAUUGAUGUUAUCAAGCAGGAUGACUAUGUGCCCAGCGACCAGGACCUGCUUCGCUGCCGUGUCCUGACUUCUGGAAUCUUUGAGACCAAGUUCCAGGUGGACAAAGUCAACUUCCACAUGUUCGAUGUGGGCGGCCAACGCGAUGAACGCCGCAAAUGGAUCCAAUGCUUCAAUGAUGUGACUGCCAUCAUCUUCGUGGUGGCCAGCAGCAGCUACAACAUGGUCAUUCGGGAGGACAACCAGACCAACCGCCUGCAGGAGGCUCUGAACCUCUUCAAGAGCAUCUGGAACAACAGAUGGCUGCGCACCAUCUCUGUGAUUCUCUUCCUCAACAAGCAAGACCUGCUUGCUGAGAAAGUCCUCGCUGGAAAAUCAAAAAUUGAGGACUACUUUCCAGAGUUUGCUCGCUACACUACUCCUGAGGAUGCUACUCCCGAGCCCGGAGAGGACCCACGUGUGACCCGGGCCAAGUACUUCAUCCGCGAUGAGUUUCUGAGAAUCAGCACUGCUAGUGGAGAUGGGCGCCACUAUUGCUACCCCCACUUCACUUGCGCUGUGGACACUGAGAACAUUCGCCGUGUGUUCAACGACUGCCGCGACAUCAUCCAACGCAUGCACCUCCGUCAGUAUGAGCUGCUCUAAGAAGGGAACACCCAAAUUUAAUUAAGGCCUUAAGCAUAAUUAAUUAAGAGUGAAACGUAAUUGUACACGCAGUUAAUCACCCACCCAUAGGGCAUGAUUAACAAAGCAACCUUUCCUUUCCCCCUGAGUGAUUCUUGUGAAACCCCCUCUUUCCUUCUGCUUGCUUAAAUAUUCUAAAUGUAGUAAGCUUAAGGCGGCCUUCAGAAACAGAAAAAGUAAAAUAAAAAGGCCACAACAGUUCCCUCUCUCUUUCAGUAAGUAAAAUAUAAAGCAGCAAACAAAUAAAUGAAAUAAAUAAGUGAUAAGAAUAAGAUAAAAUAAAUGAAAUAAAUAUUGUCUUGUGCAGCAUUGAAAAAAAUCAAAAUAAAAAUUAAAUGUGAGCAAAA